UGCAGCCGGACUCUGCAUGUUAGCAGAACGGCAGCUGACUAGCAACAUGGCGGUGGCUGUGCGAGCUUUACAAGACCAGCUCGAGAAGGCGAAGGAGAGCUUGAAGAAUGUGGACGAAAAUAUAAAGAAGUUGACCGGCAGGGACCCGAAUGAGUUACGGCCAGGUCAGACCAGACGGCUCUCUGUCACAGGCCCAGGUGGAGGUAGAGGCAGAGGAAUCAACAUACUGAGGCGUGGACUCUCUGAUGGCGGUGGAGGACCCCCAGCCAAACAGAGGGACGUCGACGGGGCACUCCUGAGGCUGGCGGGGGAUCAGCGAGCCAGGAGAGAUUCACGGCAUGACAGCGACGCUGAGGACGAGGACGAUGUCAAGAAACCAGCGUUGCAGUCAUCAGUAGUCGCUACCUCCAAGGAGCGCACACGCAGAGAUCUGAUACAGGAUCAGACCAUGGACGAGAAAGGGAAGCAAAGAAAUCGCCGCAUGUUUGGCCUGUUGAUGGGAACAUUGCAGAAAUUUAAGCAGGAGUCGACCGUGUCCACAGAGAGGCUUAAAAGACGGCAGGAAAUCGAGCAGAAGCUGGAAGUUCAGGCAGAACAAGAGCGUAAGAAAGUGGAGAGCGAGAGACGCGAGCUGUUCGAGGAGAGACGAGCUAAGCAGACGGAGCUCAGGCUUCUGGAGCAUAAAGUGGAGCUGGCUCAGCUGCAAGAGGAGUGGAACGCCCACAACGCUAAGAUUAUCAAGUUCAUUCGGACAAAGACCAAGCCUCCGCUCCUCUACCUGCCAGGUCGCAUGUGUUCAGCCACGCAGAAGCUCCUGGACGAGUCUCAGAAAAAAAUGAACGCUAUGUUUGAUGAGAGGCGUGAGGCAUUCGCCGAGCACCUGAACAAGAUGGAGGCUCGGCCGAGGCGUCAGUCUCAGCGCGCGGGCAAAAAGGAAAUGGAGAAUGCUGAAGGGCGGAAGAAAGAAGAGGAAGAUGAAGAGGAGGGUAAGCAGAAGGAAAGGCUGACAGGUAAACGGCACAAUGUAGAGAUGGAGGAGGAUGAGGAGGAGGAAGCAGAGGAGGAAAUGGAAGAGAGGGAGGAGAGCUCAGAGGUCAGGGAGAGGGAGGGAGAUGGGGAGCAGGAACAGAAGGAGGAGGAAGUGAUGGAGAAGGAAGAGGGAAAGGGAGAGAAGGAUGAGGAAGAGGAGGAAAAGGCGGCAGUGGAGGAUAGAGAGGUAGAGGUGAAGAUGGAGGUUGAGAUGGUCGUGAGGGAUUUAGAGGGAGAGCAGCAGCAGCAAGAAGAGCAGGAGAAGAGUCCAGAGAUAGAAGAGGUAGGUAAUGACAGGGAGGAAGAGAAAGUGAAGGAGAGUCAACAAGAAGCCGGUGCAGAGUCCCCGAAAAUCCCUGAAAACAAUAUGGAAGUCCAAGCGGAGGAGUCUGCAGAUCCUCCUGUUGAGGUUUCCCUGCAACCCAUAACUAAAAAAGACAGUACGGAGGAAGGCGGCGCUCUCGAGCCCCAAACACACACUGAACAACCAGAAGAAGACUCUAAGCAGCCACAGGAAGUAGUCAUGGAGCCUCGGGAAGCAAAGAACGCCGUGGAGGAAGCGGACGAGGCACGAGGUCGAGCUAAAGUGAGGACGUCGCGGAGCAGAAGCCGGAGGAGCAGCAGUAGCUCCUCGACGAGCUCCUCGUCCAGUUCCUCGUCCAGUGGCUCAAGCUCGUCCUCCAGCAGCUCCAGCAGUUCUUCGUCGGCCUCCUCUUCGUCGUCGACCUCUCGGUCACGCAGCCGCAGCAGAGAGCGCCGCAGGAGGAAUUCGGAGAGGAGGAAGAGCGACAGGAGUCAGAAGACUAGUAAAAGCAGCAGUGGGCACAGAGAGAGGAAAGAGAGGUCCAAGGAGAAGGACAGGAAGAGGACGGGUUCAGAUGGAGGCAGGUCAGGAAAGCGGUCAUCACGCAGCGAGCGUGAUCGAAAAUCGGACCGAAAAGAGAAAAGGCGCUAAAGGAAAAUGACGAAAAGAACUUUCUUCUUUUGUAGAAAAAAGUCUGAGAGUUGUCUGUAUGAUGAGGAGGUGGAAUUGCCUUAAGAUGACUUCCUGCUCUUUUUAAAUUAAGAUUACAUACUGUUUUUUUUUUUUCUUUCUUUUUUUUUAAUGACCUCUUACAUUGAUCUCUCACUUCCUGUGCUUGCUGUCUUAAUUUGUAGCUUUUAUAAACAUUGAUUUUAAGCUAAUGCUAAAAGCACGCUUGAUCUUCCAGCCCUGUUAUCUGAUCCCUGACUCUUUUAAAAAAAAAAAAAGAAAAA